CCUAGUCUUAUUCAUUAUUAUGGGCUGCUGCUCAAGCGAUAAGCCUAAAUGGAAGCGAGAAAUAGUUCAUGAUCAUCGAUUUCAAAAUGUCAAUUUAAAUGCAUUUUAUAUGCCCAAUUGCACUUCACGCCUCGGUUAUUGUUUUGUCUUUUUAGCCUCUCUAAAAUCGUUUGCUGUCUAUGUGGCAGAUUUGUGGACUGCAGUUUCAUUGUUGGUGAUUGGACAGACAACCGCAACUCCCGCCAUUCCUACUGAGAUUUCAAAAUGGAUUUUCUUUGCCUGUAUUAUUGUCUCCUUCUUGUUGCUUUUAUGGGACAUGUAUAAGGCAAAUAGAAUACUGGCUACAGACAACAUUGCAUUGGCUUUCACAUCUGUCAUUACAAACCGAUAUUUAUCCAUGAAAGACUAUCGCUAUUACUGCUUAUUUCAAUCCAUCAAUCAUGCCAACAGCAAAGGUAUUGAACGAUACGCUUUUUUCAUUUUCUUUCAACUGAAAGGUUGGAAGCGUCUUUUAUUGGCAGAAGCACCUCGCCAAGUCAUUAACGUAGUAACAUUGGAAGCAUUAAUACCUGAAUGGCUCAAGAUUCGUAAUGGUCAAGUCAGUUUCGAUAAUGGUGUUUUAGGAGAAACAGUUAUUCAACAGAUCUUGACUAUCACCAUGGCUUUUUCUGUGGUCGUGUUUGCUAUUUCGUUUGUAUUGGUCUGUGCGGCAGCUGUAUUGUAUAUUCCUCUGUUGUGUCACAUUCGCGGUAAUUUGAAAGAAUAUUGCUGUCAUAAAGUGGAUAAGCGUAUUGCAACACUUUUGAACCAAGGACCACAGUAUCGAAUGGCAAAAAGAGGCAACAAGAAGUACGCCCGUGUUCCUGAAAAUGAAUCUUAUAUUGAAGAAAAUUACUUCCAGCGCCCACUUGCUGUUAAUAACAUAUCUAGUCCUGCUAUAUCCUCUUUUGAAAAGUCUUCCUAUGCCUCAAGAACUACAGAUACUAGCCAAGAUCACUUGUUGAAUAACACCAUUGAUCUUGAAUAUCGCCCUAGACCUGUUGCAAAUCACUUUCCUUAUGGCCAUCGUCCAGUCCAAUCUUACACACCUAAACUAAGUCAUACCAUUGGCUCGCCUACCAUGACAUCUCCAGAACUACCACAGGCUACACCUUCUUUUACGUGUAUAAAUGAACAAUACUAUCAAAACAAAAACUAUCCUUAUGGCUAUUAGUUUUUGGGUAUGUAUCUAUGUAAAUAACCCUAAAAAUGUAAACAAAUGAUCCUUUUUAUGCAAC